GGACCAAAGAAUAUCUCUUGUAUAUGGAAGAGUGAGAUUUUCGUCCAUAACAUAUCUCAUCUGCAAACUGCACUAAAGCAAACAUUAUUUAUCUUCCUUAUGGAUUCGACGCUGUAUUUUUGUAGCUUUUUAAUGGUUAUUUUGCUAGCUAUUUUACUCCAACUUGUUUUAUUCUCACCAAUAUCUCCUCAGAUUCUUGAAAUUCCUUCUGCCUCUCAAACAUUUACAUCAAACAGUUAUUUGCAGAGAGUAAGUAAACUUGGAGAAGGAUUUCUAGAUAGACCAGAAGAUGUUGCAGUGGAUAAAAUGGGAAUUGUGUAUACAGCCACUAGAGAUGGUUGGAUUAAAAGAAGGCACAGAAAUGGGACUUGGGAGAGCUGGAAAUAUAUUGGGAGAGAUACAUUACUGGGACUUAAAGUAUCAUCUUCUGGUCAUAUUAUAGUUUGUGAUGCUCAAGAGGGACUACUUAAGGUUACAGAAGAUGGUGUAACUGUUCUUGCUUCACAUGUCAAUGGUCAAAAAAUAAGGUAACUAAGAUUUCAUCUUCUUCUACACCACAAAAGCAAUGAGUUUAUAGACCAAA